CCUUCCAGCAAAGAAGUUGACAUUUUCGUACCGGUACAGCAGCAUCAUGGCGGACCUGAGCUGGCAGGAGGCGCUGGCGAGCGAGACGGACGCCGCCAAGAAGGAGUGGAUGGCACUGGAGCGCCGCUAUAACUUGCAGCUGAGCUGUGAGGACCCUGCGACGCAAGACAAGCAUGUGCGUCUUUUCCUAAGUUUGUUGGAUCCGGAGCUGCCGACUCGGCUGACGGGCCAAGUCGAGCUGGAGGUGACGCUACCGGGAAAUUACCCGGUGGAGGCUGCCUAUGUGGACUUCACGCAGUGGAACAGUCGACUGUCGGACGAGCAGGUUGAAGCGCUGAACGUUGCGGUGAAUGCCAGAGCUCAGCAGCUGUGUGGAGGCUUCGCGCUGAGGAACCUACUGACCUGGAUCGACAAUAAUUUCUGGAGAGUCAUUGCACCGUUUGAGAAAGGCCUUGAAGCAGAGAAGGAAGCAGAAGAAGUGAGCCGCGCACAGGGCGAGGAGGAUUUGGCUGGAGAAGUCCCAGUUGUUGCAGAUAAGAAAUCAAAGAGAAGGCGUGGCCAACGACCCUGCCGAUUUUUCGUUAGAGGCAACUGCAGAGAUGGAGAGAAGUGCAAGUUCUCGCACGCAAAGAAGGAGGUUGUAAGUGAAAGAGAUGGCUCUGACGCUCCCGGUGCUGAUUCAGUAUCGGCUGUUCGAGAAGCUGACCCGACACGCCCACCUGUGGUGGCAGCACAACCGAAGAAGAAGAAAACGCGGACACGUAAGUGCAAGUUCUUCGCCCAGAGCAAGUGUCGCGACGGAGAUAAAUGUAAGUUUUCGCACGAGCUCAAGAACACGGGAACAAAUAGCAAUGGUGCAAAGCAACGAUCAGAUGCCCUGCCACGUGCUGCUGUUGUGCAGCUGGGCUCUCCAACUAAAGCUCCAGUCAUUGAUGCCGAGGUGAAAAUCACGUCAGCGCCAUCCAACAGUGAGAUUUGUAUCAGUCAAGCUGAAGACAGCUCAGAGUGGUCAGAAGUGCAACAGCGAGCACUUGACCUGGCUUUGAAAAAGUAUCCAGCUUCGAUGGACAUAAAGGAACGAUGGACAAACAUAGCAAGCGAGGUCGAGGGGAGGUCCCUGAACGAAUGCAUUGACCGCUUCAAAAUGCUGUGUGAGCUUAUGCGGCGUGGUGUGGAUCCUACGGCUGCUGCUAACGAGGAGAAGGACGAGGAGGAACCAGUAGAAACAAACAGAAGCGAACAUGACGCUCGAAACUCAAAAAUCACUCCCCUUGAAAAGCGUGUUACUAUCCAGACAGAACCUGAAGUCAAGGGCACUCAAAUCUGCCUCGAUGAUCUGUUCCUGCACGAAGUUGGCACGCUGGUGGCUCAUCGAUUGGUUUGCCAGGUCCAGUGCGAAAACUGUCCGCUUAAAUUCGACGCUAUCCUGAGUUUGGACUCGUCAGAAAUUCAGAAGUGGUGCCCUCGAUGCAGUGUGCUUCACCACGUGGUGAUGAGGCCGGUGUUUGCCCAUUCGCAAAGCAAUAUUCUAGCUUACGUUGACACUGAGAACUGCUCAAUUGUCGACGUGCUCCCCACGGAUAUGUUAGCCACUUGCUUGGAGUGUGGGUGCGAAGCAUUACUGGAGAGGAUUACGCCAAGACAACGAGCAGAGCAAUCAUGCUUUUCCUGUCACGUCAAACUUGCUGUGAUGGCAAAGCGCUUCGUGGCUGGUCAACUGGAGGGGGCAAGCACUAAACGUAGUCAUUCGCCCGACGGUACUGCGUCAAAGGUUGCCAAAAGCAGCAAGAAAGGAGCCAAACAGAUCGUGGAGACGUUCGUACUGGGACAGCCGCUGCCUCGCAACGGAGCGUGCGACCACUACAAACACUCGCUACGCUGGUUUAGGUUUCAGUGCUGUGGUAAAGCCUUCCCGUGCGAUGUUUGCCACGACUCGAGUGACUGCCCUGAAGCGAACCUUGGGAAAUUCGCCAGUCGGAUGAUUUGCGGCUUGUGCUCGAAGGAGCAAUCGAGUUCGACUAAAUUGUGUCCCUGCGGAAACGACGUAGCAUCGAAAAGAUCGACCUCUCAGCACUGGGAAGGUGGUGCUGGGUGCCGGGAUUCCUUGCAGAUGUCCCGCUGGGAUAAACAAAAGUAUCGCGGUCUGAACAAGACGGAGAGCAAGAAGUUCAAACGUGUUGGCGCAGAAGCGAAGAAGCGACGAGAGAAUGCCAAUGCGCAACAGUAG